GUGGGUCGUGUGGGAGGCAGAAAGAGAGACUGGAGGUAGGUGGCAGUGACGUUUCCUGCUGCUGUUAGGAACGUUAUUUAAACUGUUAAACCUUUAACAACGGUGCAGCUCCCUUUGUGCGGAGUGUGAGGUCUCGGUGGAGAUAAUUAGAUAUUGAAGGAUGCAGUUUAAUCAAAAUAACUUGGCUGUCAGCUAACUCGCUAGCCUGGUGUGUAUUGCAACAACAACAACAACGACUGAGCAGUGCUGCCCGUUAGCUGUAGUGGUGAGAGUAAUUAAAUUAUGCUUUUACACGUGAAUACCGCUUUUAAAAGUUAUCUUAACUCAUUUAAACCCGAGGUUCAUGUCGUUCACACAAACUGACUUCAUGUUUGAGCUUGAAGAGCAGGUGGAUUUUCCUGUCCAGCAAAAAACAUGGUAACAAAUUGAACAUUUUCUGUCAGAAUUGACUAACUUUAACAUCGUGCUUUGUCUGAACUUCGUUAAGUAGUUGUUAGUUGAUAGUUUAUUGCACACUGGUUUAGGUUUAGUUCAGUUUGCAGGUGAUACGCCUAAAUUUAGUUUGUUUACAUUUUGACGGUCGGUUGAGGUCAGCAUGGAGCUAAAGUGACCACACUACCUCUAUCUCCUUUUGUUAUGUAGUGGAGUCACUAGCGUUUAUAUUAAAUGAUCAGUACUCUCAGAACUGAUUUUUUAAAAUAUGACACAUGAAAUGAAAACGUUUGCUAUUCUUAUGAAGAAAUGGUGUUUCUGUCAAAGUCAAAGUGGCUCCAGAGGACUAAUGCCUCCUUGUCUCUGUGUUGAAUCACAUUCAAUUCAUAUUAAUAUGUUUCAUUUUCAUUUGAAAUACAGAUUCAAGCUGACACAAAGAAUCCAUUUGUUUCACACAGAUAUUAAUAUAAUCCUUGAUUUUUAUUUUUUUUUAUUUUUGUGCUUUCGGAUGCUCAUUAAUGCUGUUUGUUUGUGUGUUUGUGCCUCCUCACCCUCAAUGUUGACCUUUACCCCAUAUGAAGCAGCCACACUUGGCUCUCCUGGCAGCUGUUACAGACAGGCUGAUUACUGGACACUGGCUGUGGAAGGUAGCCUGACAGACUCUACUGGUAUAGCUGUACACCAUGCAUACCAUCCAGUCAUGCAUAGCUAUCUUGAGUUAAAGCUGUUGUUGUUAAAGUCGAGUAUGAAAGUAACCCACAGAGGUUAUCUCAAAUUACCCAGCAUGCUUCUGUCCCGAGAGGGCUUCAGCCUUCUGAUCACCUCAAAGGAAAUGUCUUUAGACUAGAAUAAUGCACAGACAGCUGUAAUAGCAUUAUCACAAAAAGUCACUUAAUCGAGGUCCAACUGUUUUUUGAGGCUGACUUUCAUAUUUGAGAAUUAAUAAUUCUGGUAAAUUAUAUAUUGACAGAUUUUUUACUUAAACACUUAUCGUAAACAGACAUUUUUUACAAGGAUCCCUUUAAAAUUGGUUGUUGGUGAAUUUUGUCAAAGACUGAAUGAGACAUUUUACUGUACUAAACUCUAUAGUGGACAAAGUAUGCAAUGCUGUCACUGUUAUAUGAUAAUGUAAUAUAAUAUGUAUUAGAUUUAUCAGUCAACAGUCACUUUUAAUGCCACCAAAGCUGUUAUUACCACGUGGGGUGAAAGAGAUAUCCCACUUAUGUGAUAAGUCUCAUAUGACAUAUAAUUUCCACUUUGCUCUUUUUGCAGUCUCAGUGGAAUGCCUGUAAAUGUUCCAUUUGGUAGUUUUGGGAUUAAUCCUAUGGAUAUUUUUGCGACUGUGGAGGAAUAAUACCAAGACGGUAACAAUGCCCGUGAAAAAAGAGGAAUCUCCGUCUGGCUGCGGUCCACCUGCAGCCGAGGAGGACAUGCCCGCUGCACAAUCCCCUCAUCCAGGCGAACAUUCCCUGUCAUCGGAUCCUACUAUCUCAACACACAAUGGGGAUAACAGUCCUCAGGCCAGCAGUGCCUCUGCGGGUCUUGAAGUUAAAGCAGUGGACACUGAGGUUUUGCAGGCGUCCUCUGAGAUAAAUGCAGAAAAGUCAUCACGGCGAAUGAACACCCAGAAACCUCCCAAAACCAAGGUGCCAAUGCUGAGCUCGGAGCCCGAGGCGAGGGCUCGCCUCAAGUUCAUUCUCGGAGCAUCGGAGGACAACUCUUCAGACGACGAACCUCUGGUCACUAAACCUCCAAGCGGUGCAUCUCUGCCACCAACCUACGCCCCCAAACCUUUUCCUCAGCAGGUGUCCUCUGCAGGGCCACAGACCAGCUCCUCAGGCAUGAAGCCUAGCAUGUCUGGCCUUCACUUGGUGAAGAAAGGACGUAAACACAGAAAGAUGGACCUACAGAGGGACUUCACCGUGGCCUCUCCUGCUGAGUUUGUUACCCGAUUUGGUGGCAACCGCGUCAUCGAAAAAGUGCUGAUCGCUAACAACGGUAUAGCUGCAGUCAAAUGCAUGCGUUCGAUCCGCCGCUGGUCCUACGAAAUGUUUCGUAAUGAAAGGACCAUCCGCUUUGUUGUCAUGGUCACCCCUGAAGACUUGAAAGCUAAUGCAGAAUACAUUAAAAUGGCAGACCACUAUGUGCCCGUACCCGGUGGGCCCAACAACAACAACUACGCCAACGUGGAGCUGAUCGUUGACAUCGCUAAAAGAAUCCCAGUGCAGGCCGUCUGGGCUGGUUGGGGUCAUGCCUCAGAAAAUCCCAAACUGCCUGAUCUGUUGGACAAAGCAGGAAUAUGGUUCUUAGGCCCGCCCAGUAAGGCCAUGUGGGCUCUAGGGGAUAAGGUGGCUUCUUCCAUUGUGGCUCAAAGUGCUGACAUUCCCACAUUGCCGUGGAGCGGAUCAGGUCUGAGAGUGGACUGGGAAGAGGACGACCAGUUUCUGGGCAAUGUCAUCAGUGUUCCUCCGGUGGUCUACUCAAAGGGCUGUGUUCUUGAUGUAGACGAUGGACUGGCAGGGGCUGAAAGGAUUGGUUAUCCGGUUGUCAUCAAGGCCUCUGAAGGGGGAGGUGGAAAGGGUAUUCGAAAAGUAGAAAAUUCUGAGGAUUUUCCAAGCCUCUUCAGACAGGUUCAGACAGAGGUACCCGGCUCGCCUAUCUUCAUCAUGCAGCUGGCUCAGCAUGCCAGACACCUUGAGGUUCAGAUACUGGCUGAUGAGUACGGGAACGCCAUCUCUCUCUUUGGACGAGACUGCUCCAUCCAGAGAAGGCACCAGAAGAUCAUAGAGGAAGCUCCUGCCACCAUAGCUGCUUCCUCAACGUUCGAGCAAAUGGAACAGUAUGCUGUGCGAUUGGCCAAGAUGGUGGGCUAUGUGAGUGCAGGUACUGUGGAAUAUCUUUACUCUGAGGACGGAAGUUUCCAUUUCCUGGAGCUGAAUCCUCGCCUGCAGGUGGAACACCCCUGUACAGAGAUGAUCGGAGAUGUGAACCUGCCAGCUGCCCAGCUUCAGAUUGCGAUGGGCAUCCCCCUUCAUAGAAUUAAGGACAUCCGUUUGCUUUACGGAGAAACUCCGUGGGGGGACACCGUUAUUAACUUUGAGACUCCAGAAUGCAUACCAAGUCCAAGAGGGCACGUCAUAGCUGCACGGAUCACCAGUGAGAACCCUGAUGAGGGGUUCAAGCCCAGUUCUGGCACCGUGCAGGAGCUGAACUUCCGCAGCAGUAAAAACGUCUGGGGUUACUUCAGCGUGGGGGCAACUGGAGGCCUGCAUGAAUUUGCAGACUCCCAGUUUGGACACUGUUUCUCCUGGGGAGAGAACCGUGAAGAAGCCAUCUCGAACAUGGUGGUGGCUUUGAAGGAGCUGUCCAUUAGAGGUGACUUCAGGACCACGGUUGAAUAUCUCAUUAAGUUACUAGAGACGGAAAGCUUCAGAAACAAUGAUAUCGACACCAGCUGGCUGGAUCAUCUCAUUGCAGAGAAAGUGCAGGCGGAGAGACCAGAUACCAUGCUGGGUGUUGUUUGUGGGGCUUUGCAUGUUGCUGAUGCAAGCUUCCAAAAGAGCAUGUCUGAUUACCUGCAUUCACUUGAAAGAGGCCAAGUACUGCCUGCAGCCACUCUCCUCAACUCUGUCAGUGUGGACUUAAUAUAUGAAGGAGUCAAGUUCUGCCUCAAGGUUGCUCGCGAAUCCCCAACAACUUUUGUCAUCAUGAUGAACGACUCCAACAUUGAGAUAGACGUCCACAGGCUGAGUGAUGGGGGCCUCCUGCUGUCCUACGACGGCAGCAGCCAUAUCACCUACAUGAAGGAGGAAGUGGACAGAUAUCGCAUCACUGUUGGCAACAAGACUUGUGUAUUUGACAAGGAGAAGGAUCCCACGGUGCUGAGGUCGCCCACUGCUGGUAAACUGCUGCAGUACGUGGUAGACGAUGGAGGCCACGUCUUUUCAGGAGCGAUCUAUGCAGAGAUUGAGGUGAUGAAGAUGGUGAUGAUGUUGACAGUGCAGCAGUCUGGUUGCGUCCACUUUGUCAAGAGACCUGGAGCUGUUCUGAAGCCUGGCUGCGUGGUGGCACGUGUAGAGCUGGAUGACCCCAGCAGUAUGCAUCGGGUGGAGCUCAACACGGCCAUAUUGCCACCGCAGCAACCACUGCCCAUUGUUGGUGAAAAGCUUCACCAGGUGUUUCACUGUGUGCUGGAAAACUUGAUGAAAGUCAUGGCUGGCUACUGCCUUGAAGAGCCCUUCUUUAGCAACAAGCUGAAACAGUGGGUGGCUACCCUGAUGAAGACCCUAAGGGACCCCUCGCUGCCGCUGUUGGAACUCCAGGAGAUCAUGACGAGCUUGGCGAGUCGCAUUCCUCCCAGUGUGGAGAAAAAUAUCCGUAAAGUCAUGGCUCAGUACGCGAGCAACAUCACCUCUGUCCUCUGCCAGUUCCCGAGCCAAAGGAUUGCAAAUAUUCUAGACAGCCAUGCAGCAACCCUGCUGAGGAAGCCUGACCGAGAGGUGUUCUUCAUGAACACUCAGAGUAUCGUUCAGCUGGUACAGAGGUACCGCAGUGGCAUUCGGGGUUACAUGAAGUCUGUGGUUCUCGAUCUGCUGAAGAGAUACCUGCAAGUAGAGAUACAGUUUCAACAAGCUCACUACGACAAGUGUGUUGUCAACUUGCGAGAGCAGCACAAACCGGACAUGAGCCCUGUGCUGGAGUACAUCUUCUCUCAUGCCCAGGUUUCCAAGAAGAACAUCCUCGUCACAAUGCUUAUAGACCAGCUGUGUGGAAGGGAUUCCAUGCUAGCAGAUGAGCUCAUGGCCAUUCUGAACGAGCUCACGCAGCUUAGCAAGAUGGAGAACUCAAAGGUGGCCUUGAGAGCCAGACAGGUCUUGAUUGCAUCCCAUUUACCAUCAUAUGAACUGAGGCACAACCAGGUGGAGUCCAUCUUCCUGUCAGCCAUUGACACGUACGGCCACCAGUUUUGUCCAGAAAACUUGAAGAAACUCAUUCUCUCUGAAACCUCAAUUUUUGACGUUUUGCCCAAUUUCUUCUAUCACGCCAACCAAGUUGUCUGCAUGGCUGCCUUGGAGGUGUAUGUGCGCAGAGGUUACAUCGCCUAUGAGCUGAAUAGCAUCCAGCAUCACCAGCUGCAGGACGGAACAUGCGCUGUAGACUUCCAGUUUAUGCUGCCGUCAUCACAUCCGAACAGGCUUCCCGUGCCAGUGAGUGGAUCAAGCCAUUUGAAAAUGAGGCGGCAGAGCAGUGAACUCUUCAUGGACGGAGCCUUUUCUCCCCCUUGCCAGCGCAUGGGCGCCAUGGUGGCUUUCCACUGUUUCGACGACUUCAAAAGGAAUUUUGAUGAAGUUCUCUCCAGCUUUGCAGAACCACUCUUGGAGAGUGCUUCGUUCUCAGAGUCCUGCUCCGGUCUGUUUGAGGAGGAGAACUUCAAGAACACGAGGGAAAACCCGAUCCACAUCAUUAACGUGUCCAUAAAAACAGCGGACACAAAAGACGACGAUGCCCUGGUUACAGCCUUCACCGCCUUUGCCCAGUCAAAGCGAGCUGUUCUCUUUGAAUAUGGAAUCAGGCGAAUCACAUUUUUGAUUGCACAGACGAGAGAAUUUCCCAAGUUCUUCACUUUCAGAGCUAGAGAUGGGUUCCAGGAGGAUCGUAUUUACCGUAAUCUGGAGCCGGCUUUAGCGUUUCAGCUGGAGCUCAACCGCAUGAGGAACUUUGACCUGACAGCCGUUCCCUGUGCCAACCACAAGAUGCAGCUGUACCUCGGUGCUGCUCGUGUUCAGGAGGGAGCUGAAGUCACAGACUACCGCUUCUUCAUACGAGCUAUUAUCCGCCACUCUGAUCUCAUUACAAAGGAAGCCUCCUUUGAAUACCUUCAAAAUGAGGGAGAACGUCUCCUGUUGGAGGCCAUGGAUGAGUUGGAGGUGGCCUUCAGUAACACCAGUGUCCGCACAGACUGCAACCACAUCUUCCUCAACUUCGUCCCCACUGUCAUUAUGGACCCCUCUAAAAUAGAGGAGUCAGUUCGCUCCAUGGUGAUGCGCUACGGCAGCCGUCUUUGGAAGCUGCGGGUCCUGCAGGCUGAGCUGAAGAUCAACAUCCGUCUGACACCAACCGGGAAUGCCAUUCCUGUCCGCCUGUUUCUCACUAAUGAGUCUGGCUAUUACUUGGACAUCAGCCUGUACAAGGAGGUCACCAACCCAAGUUCUGGACAGAUCAUGUUCCAGUCAUAUGGCGAUAAGCAGGGUCCUCUGCAUGGCAUGCUGAUCAACACUCCGUAUGUGACCAAAGACCUGCUGCAGGCCAAACGCUUCCAGGCUCAGACUCUCGGGACUACAUACGUCUAUGACUUCCCUGAGAUGUUCAGACAGGCACUGUUUAAGCUGUGGGGUCCAGGGGACAAAUACCCUAAAGACGUCCUAAUGUGCACCGAGCUGGUUCUGGACCCUCAAGGUCGACUCGUGCAGAUGAACCGCCUGCCUGGAGACAAUGAUGUGGGAAUGGUUGCCUUCAGGAUGAAGAUGAAGACUCCAGAGUACCCAGAGGGCAGAGAUAUCAUAGUCAUCUGCAAUGACAUCACUCACAUGAUCGGCUCAUUUGGUCCUCAAGAGGAUGAGCUGUUCCUCAGGGCGUCUGAGUUGGCUCGGGCUGAGGGAAUUCCCCGCAUUUACGUCGCAGCCAACAGUGGAGCACGCAUCGGCCUCGCUGAGGAGAUCAAACACAUGUUCCAGGUGGCCUGGAUUGACCCCACGGACCUCUACAAGGGCUUCAAGUACCUCUACCUGACCCCGCAGGACUACACUCGCAUCAGCUCCACCAACGCUGUUCACUGUCACCACGUAGAGGAAGGGGGAGAGUCCAGGUACAUCAUCACUGACGUCAUCGGGAAGGACGACGGUCUCGGGGUUGAGAACCUGCGAGGUUCUGGCACCAUAGCUGGAGAAUCCUCUCAGGCGUAUGACGAGAUUAUUACAAUUAGUAUGGUGACUUGUCGCGCUAUUGGAAUUGGAGCCUAUCUGGUCCGUUUGGGACAGAGAGUGAUUCAGGUGGAAAACUCUCACAUUAUCCUGACUGGGGCAGGUGCUCUGAACAAGGUUUUGGGCAGAGAGGUCUAUACAUCCAACAACCAGCUGGGAGGGAUUCAGAUCAUGCACAAUAAUGGAGUCACGCACACCACCGUGCCAGAUGACUUUGAGGGCGUCUUCACCAUCCUCCAGUGGCUCUCCUACAUGCCAAAGAACAAACACUCCCCUGUGCCCAUCAUAUCGUCUACAGAUCCAGUAGACAGAGAGAUUGAAUAUACUCCUACUAAAGCACCGUACAACCCCCGCUGGAUGCUGGCUGGGAGACCUCACCCCACGGUGAGAGGUUCCUGGCAGAGUGGAUUCUUCGACCACGGCUCUUUCAUGGAGAUAAUGGAGUCUUGGGCUCAGACGGUGGUAGUGGGCAGGGCACGGUUAGGAGGAAUUCCCCUGGGUGUCAUCACCGUUGAAACACGCACAGUUGAGUUCACUGUCCCAGCUGAUCCAGCAAACCUGGAUUCAGAAUCUAAAGUUCUGCAGCAGGCGGGCCAGGUGUGGUUUCCAGAUUCAGCCUUUAAAACGGCUCAGGCCAUUUGUGACUUCAACCGUGAACAUCUUCCUCUCAUGGUGUUUGCCAACUGGAGGGGCUUCUCUGCUGGAAUGAAAGAUAUGUAUGACCAGAUACUGAAGUUUGGCGCCUACAUCGUGGACGCCCUGCGUGGUUUCCAUCAGCCGGUGCUGGUGUACAUCCCACCACAUGCUGAGCUGAGAGGAGGAUCAUGGGUAGUGAUAGACCCCACCAUCAACCCACUGUGUAUGGAGCUCUAUGCAGACAGGGAGAGCAGAGGUGGUGUGCUGGAGGCUGAGGGUACAGUGGAGAUCAAAUACAGGAGGAAGGACCUACUGAAGACCAUGAGAAGACUAGAUUCAGCCUAUGCUAGUCUGGUUGAGCAGCUUGCUUCCCCAGAGCUGUCGGACAAACAGUGCAGAGAGCUGGAGUCAAAGCUCAAAGCCAGGGAGGAGUUCCUGUUGCCCAUCUACCACCAGGUGGCAGUGCAGUUUGUAGAUCUCCAUGACACCCCGGGGAGGAUGCAGGAGAAGGGUGUCAUCAAUGAUAUUUUGGAUUGGAAGAACGUGCGGACCUUCUUCUACUGGCGUCUGCGUCGGCUCUUGUUGGAGCAGGUGGUGAAGCGUGAGAUUCUGCAGGCCAACAAGGACCUCAGUGAUGGACACAUGCAGUCCAUGCUUCGACGCUGGUUUGUUGAGACGGAAGGAACAGUCAAGGCCUACCUCUGGGAUAAUAACAAAGUAGUCGUUGAGUGGCUCGAGAAGCAUUUAUCCAAGGAGGAUGGCAUACGACCAGGCAUCCGAGAGAACAUCAAGUACCUGAAAAGGGAAAACACUUUGAAACACAUCCGCAGCCUGUUGCAGGCCAACCCUGACGUAGCCAUGGACUGCAUCAUCCACAUGAGCCAGAAUAUCACUCCGUCCCAGAGGGCCAAGCUCUCACAUCUGCUUGCAACUAUGGACAGCACCAGCACCAGUUAAUCUGCGGAGCUUCCACAGGUUAUAUUACUAAGAAGAACAAAAAACGAUGCUCUAGUUGAUUGUGCUGUAUUGGUAAAGAGGUAGACAAUUUGCAUUUCUUUGGGGGUAUAUUUAGGGUACAAAGUGACUUAUUCCUCAGCGAUCACAUUACCACUACAGUGCUCUGUCUGUCGUAAACAUUGCUGUUGAAUGGCGUCUUUGCAUGGACGCCAUGAUCCGCUUCUCUCUUGACUGACAGGCAGACAAAGAGUUUGUCUUUUACAUUUGUGAGGUCAGUCAUUUCAGCUGCUCGGUCCAGAAACUUUCUAGUUCACAAACUAUGACUGUAACGCACAUUUCAUUGGGCUGUAUUUGCACAUAGUAGUGUGACAGUGUAACUAGGUCUGUUCAGUCUAUUGAGGCCAGAGUUGCACAAGCUUCAUGAAGUGGGAGACUCCAUAUUUAGGCGAUGGUUGUCAUAUUCAGUUAAAUGUAUUAAACAGAGAGUUGUUGUUAAACUUUGAAUGUAGCUCGGACGUCUGAUCAAUUCUUUGAUGGAUUCUCAAGUAAAACUAACAAAAAAAAAGUAUUUUUGCAUUGACUAAAGAUAAAAUGUUUACCAGUACUGUAAUGCAGAAAUGCAAAUUAAGAACGGAUUAAGAUUUUUUUUUUCUAAAAAUUGUAUUAUGGACUCAGCCGUCCAUCUUUUCAUUGUCCCUUUCAGCCUGUUUGCGUGUAUCUAUGCUGUAGUGUUUUGUGUUCUAAGACAGUGUAAUGAAUGAUAGGAGAUACUGCGACACUUUAUGUGAUACUUCUGAGCUUUUCUUUAAUUUUUGUUGGUAUAUCUCUGAUAUAAUGCAGUAAUUCUUAAGACUCAGGUUGGACAAUAAUCGCCAAAGUGGUUGCCCGAGUGAUGGCCUAAUUUGCUUCUCCUUUGAUCAAAACAGUGGCAUUUAAUUUAAAUGUAUAUAAACUCUGUCCCGUGUCUUGUAUUCUACUGAAGACUGUUUGUUAAUAAAUGUCAGAUAUAUUUUUGGCAAAACAAUC